GCCCAACUCAACUCAACUCAACCUUCAACUCAACAAGACAAGACCUCAACCAACAAUGGCCUCGACCAACCCCGCCAACUUCGCCAACCUGCCCAAGGACGAGCUCAAGGACAUCGCCGCCAAGGGCGGUCAUGCGUCCCACGGCUCGAGCAACACCGACUCAAGCUCCCACGCGGACCGCAACCCCGACGGCACCUUUACCAAAGGUUCGGAGCUCGCCAAAGAGCUGGGCGCCCAGGGCGGCCAUGCCUCUCACGGCGCCACCACCAGCACGUCGAGCAGCGAGCCAGGCCGCAACCCCGACGGCACUUUCGUCAAGGGCUCCGAACUCGCCAGUGAGCUGGGUGCUCAGGGCGGUCAUGCCUCUCAUGGCCAUGGGGCCAAGACGACGGCCGAAGAGAGUGGUCGCAACCCCGAUGGCACCUUCAAGAAGGGCAGCGAGCUGGCUUCGGAGCUGGGAGCCCAGGGCGGACAUGCUUCUCACUAGACUCUGCCCUUGAAUGGCAUCCUAGCAUCCUGUGUACACGACUUUACGAAUGAAUGAAUGAACC